UCGAAAUCUAAUCUCUAAACAAGUUGUAUACGUCCAGUUAAAAAUUGCACAGGAAAUGUCAAGAAGUGUGUCUUCAGCGUUUGGGCUUUGCCUGUGGCUUAUAUACUUUCCUCAUUCUAAUGCUCACAGAUCACAGAGAGAGGUGGCACUGCAAGAACUAACAUUUCCGGAUCAUUUGUGGUAUUUUGGUUCCAGUGGAAAAAUUGUUCCAUUCGGAUACAAAAGUCGUAACGCAGGGGUUCCAAUAGAAAAGUUGACAAAAAAUAAGAUGAUAGCCAUUCUCAGAAAUUCCAUGGGUAAUCAUCAACACCCUAUGGCCGUAGGAGACAACAGAAAUCUUAUUUUCGAUGCUUUUGUUCGUCAACGGCCAACAGCUUCGUUGUUCAGGAACUUACCAUUCACUAAUGCUGCCCGUUACAACACUUACUUGGACACCGAUUCAGAUGUACGACUACGACGAAAAUUUCCGGAGAUUGAUUCACGCGGUUUCGACGAAGACGUGUUUGACGAAGGCUUCGGAGAAUGGUCUCCAAUGAAAAGGGGAAAAUAAUUAUACAGAAACGUACCUUGUUUGCUUUGGGAGUCGAGAAUAUUGACCUCAUGUGUGUCUUAUAAGUAUACCAUUAGAUUAAAAGUCAAGUACCCAUCAUUCUUUUUUAUCAAUUUAAUAUCUGGAGAGAAAUGUGCUUUAA